CUUUGUCCCGUGGCCCUCUGCCUAUAAAAACGGGAAACCCCACCGCUACCCUACGCCGCGCCAUCUGUACUAGUGAUCAAAUCAAAUCCUUCGUAUAAACCAAAAGCAAACAGACCCGAGAGAGCUCCAAACUCAGAGCACCGGUGGAGAGCAUCAAUGGCCAACGAGUUGAUUCUGCUGGACACAUGGGUGAGCCCGUUCGGGAUGCGGGUCAGGAUCGCUCUACGCGAGAAGGGGAUCAAGUUCGAGUACAAGGAAGAAGAUUUGACGAACAAGAGCGAUCUGCUGCUGAAGAUGAACCCGAUUCACAAGAAGAUCCCGGUUCUCAUUCACAACGGGAAGCCCGUCCGCGAGUCUGGCAUCAUCGUUCAGUACGUGGAUGAGGUUUGGCACGACAAGGCUCCAUUGCUGCCUUCUGAACCUUACCCCAGAGCUCAGGCUAGGUUCUGGGCUGAUUUUGUCGAUAAGAAGAUCUACGAUACAGGGAGGAAGAUCUGGACAACAAAAGGGGACGAGCAGAAGUCAGCCACAGAGGAGUUCAUAGGGUACCUGAAAACACUGGAAGCAGAGCUGGGAGACAAGCCGUAUUUCGGAGGGGAGAAGCUUGGCUAUGUGGAUGUGACAAUGAUACCAUUCUACUCAUGGUUCCAUGCCUAUGAAGUCAGUGGCAACUUCAGCAUUGAAUCAAACUGCCCCAAGCUGAUGGCAUGGGCCAAGAGGUGCAUGCAGCACGAGAGCGUGUCGAAAACCCUUCCAGACCCCAAGAAAGUCUAUGAGUUCAUCCUGCAGCUGAAGAAGAGGCUUGGAAUUGAGGCCAGGAUCGCUCUAGCCGAAAAGGGAAUCAAGCACGAGCACAGGGAAGAAGAUUUGGGGAACAAGAGCGAUCUGCUGUUGAAGAUGAACUCGAUUCACAAGACGAUCCCGGUUCUGAUUCACAACGGGAAGCCCGUCUGCGAGUCUAACAACAUCGUUCAGUACCUGGACGAAGUUUGGCACGAUAAGUCCCCAUUGUUGCCCUCUGAUCCUUACCUCAAGGGUCAAGCUAGGUUCUGGGCUGAUUUCGUCGAUAGGAAGGUUCGUUCAUCCGUUUUUGUUUGCUCUGUCUCCCUUUCGAUUCGGUAUCCUUGUAGGAUAAGUCUUUCUGGGUUUAUGGGUUGA